UUCCCGCCGUAAGAGGCUUCGUCCUGUGAUUCAACUCAUCUUGUGGAGGUCUCGGUCGUCUUAAUUCCGGAGCUAAAAAGGAAACUAAGUAUACUGUAAUAAACGUUAAUAUUCACUAAUAAGGACGAGGCCCUUCGAUGUAUCGAGCGCUCUUCGCGGCUAAGCAAAUCUAUCGGUUCUAGUUAGGUUGCCAUGAUCCAGACGAGGCCCUUUGAUGUACGGAGCGCUCUACGCGACUAAGCACACCGAUCGGUCACAUGUCAAGGUUCAUCAUCAUCCAGUUACUCUCGGAAAGAAGAAGACAACGGGAAAAGGAUUCUUUUGUUUUUAUCUUCCUGCUGUUUAUCUGCUCAUCGAGAGAAUAGAGGAUGUAAAGGAAUCAAAGAAGACAGCGUGUAGGUAGCUCAUAUCCAACACCUCAACAAUGGAUCGAUCCAGAAAACAGGAACUUGGUGCCGGAGAAGACACUUUGCCAGUUUCAGAAAUGGAUGUAGAACUGCAUCAAGAGAUUCCUUUGCCAGAACAACCCCCACGUGUAAGUGAGCCCAGCAUCAUUGAUGAUGUACAAGCUGACGUUACACCAAGAAGUACAACUCCUCCCCCUGACGGCCUGAUGUACUUACGCAUUCAUCGGGCUAACAUUAUGGAAGAAAUGAUUGCUCAUUUCAAAGAUCCAUACAUUAUUCUCGAAGAGAUAGAAACUUCUUUUGUCAAUGAAAGAGGCAUAGAUUGCGACGGCGUUUCUCGAGACGCUUAUUGUUCCUUUUGGGAGGAGUUCUUCGAAUGUGCAUCGAAAGGUGAAGCAGGUCGGGUGCCCGUCAUCACAGCAAAUUGGAUAAAGGAAGAAUGGAAGGCAAUUGGGAGGAUCCUUCUCAAAGGAUACAUGGAUCAUCAGUAUUUUCCCCUACAAUUCAGCGAGGCUUUCAUAAUUGGCCUCAUUCAUGGGGAAGAGAAAGUUUCUCAAGAGAUUCUUGAGAAAUCAUUCUUGGCAUACCUUUGCUCCAGUGACAGCAACCUAGUCAAGAUGGCGUUGAAAAGUGAUACAGAGCCAAAAGACAAUGCACAACUCACUGACUUCUUAUACAGUAUGGGUUGCCGUAGCAUUCCAACACAACCCAGGUUGAGUACUGUACUCCUUCAAGUGGCCCACUUGGAACUCAUUCAACGACCAUUCUAUGCAAUGAAGACAAUGGCUGAAGCUGCUUUCAACGAGUGGGCUGACUUGCUCCCGUCGGUGCAGUCAGUUUUGAACUUGUAUGAAGAGAAAAAACCCACUACUCAAAAGGUUGUGAAAAUGCUUCAGUGCAAGGUUAUGAACGAAGCUCAAGAACGCAGUCUCAGAUAUAUAAAGGAGUUUGUGAGAUCUCUCCCCCAGCAGUCACUUCGGAAGUUUUUGCACUUUUUGACUGGCUCUGACACGGCUCCCACAAAAGCAAUUCAGAUCAUAUUUACAAAGUUAGACGGUUUGGCACGGAGACCAAUUGCUCAUGCGUGUGGCCCCUGUUUGGAACUUCCUAGCACGUAUAAGAACUACUCUGAUUUUAGGAAAGAAAUGGAGGCAAUUUUAUCAAACACUGACAACUUUGAGAUGAGCAUUGCUUAAAACAUUUCCUGCAUGAGGAUUUCUGCUGAUAUUUUGAGACACAUUGAACCAGGGUUGAAUCAAGUAAAAAUGCAACAUAAGCUUACAAAAGUCCUCAAGUUUGAUAGUUUGAUAGAAUUGUUUCUGUUUCUGCUUUCAAAGUCUCAUCUCUAUAACUUUUUAAUGUAACAUGUUUUAAAUGCAGUGGACACCAUUGGUAAUUACUCAAAACAAUUAUUAGCAUUAAACCUUUCUUGAUUACUAGUAAUGGGGAGAGGUUGAUAGUAUACAAAUAUUGACUGCUUUAACUCGUGCUAUGGCACUUAUUUCUAAGUAGGAUAUAUACUUCUAUAGGAAAUCAAAUAGUGAAAAGUUUCAUAAAAUUUCAAGUGAACAGCAACUAACAAGACAUUGAAUUGUCAAGUUCUAUUUUGGUUAAUGUUUUAUUUCAACAACUUCCCUGUGAUGGUAAUAAAUGUGUCACUCUGUUUACUUUGAGAAUACCACUUUAUAACUGUGGUGCUGUAAACAACUCCUUCCAGACUCAUUUUUACCUUAAAGGCACUGGACACUAUUUGGUAAUUGCUCAAUAUAAUUGUUGCUCAAAAACUUGCUUGGUAACGAGCAAUGGAGAGCUGUUGAUAGUAUAAAGCAUUGGGAGAAACGGCUCCCUCUGAAGCACUGUGGUCUUGCUUUGCAACUGUAUUACUUUGAUGACCAAUUGAGUAACAAAAUAUCACAAAUUUGUUAUUUUAUGCAUUACUAUGUUGGGAUGCACCUGCACCAAGUGAGAAUACUGGUCCUUGACAAUUUUUUUUUUAAAACAGCGUGUAAUUUCUAACAAGGUUUUGUGUAGUUUUAGAGAAGGGGCUUACUUUUCACCCAACAAAAUUUUAGGCUUCAUGGUAUGUGAAGCCUUUCUCAGUCGUCUAAAGUUCUUUCAUGCAGUAUGAGGGUGAUUUGUUUUCCUUCAUUAUUUUGUUGUAACUUCCAUGCCCAAUUGAGCCAAUUUUUUUCACAGAUAUGUUAUUUUAUUUUAUGUUAGGGCACACAAAGUGAGGAACACUGUUUUUUUACAGUUUACCUAAGUGGAUGACUGUAUUUGCUGCAAAAGAUUUAGAUUUUUUUUAAACGGAUUGGUACAAUAUUUAUCCAUCAAAUGUGCGUUUUUUUUGUACAUGGUAAUUUUUUUCU